AUGAGCGACUGGGAGAACGACGACGAGCCCGUCCCGCAGCCCGUCAAGGUCGGACCCGCCACCGGCGGCAGGAAGAAGUUCGACGACGAGGACGUCGAAGACCAGGUCAAGGACGACUGGGAGGAAGAGGACUCUGAGCCGGAGCAGAAGCCCGCCGUCGUGAUCCCGCCCAAGAAGAAGAAGACGGUCAAGCAAAAGAUUGCCGAAAAGGAGGAAGAGGAGAGGCGAAGGCUCGAAGAGGGCGGCGACGACGAGUCGGCCGAAGAGGACUGGGACGAGACGCCCGCAGACCGACGCCGGCGCGAAAAGGAGGCGCAGCUGCGCUCCGACGUCGAAAACGCCGCCACCCUGUUCGGCGCCUCGCGCAUCUCGGACGACGACCCCGUGGCCAAGAUCAAGUCGUCCAACCCGACGUCCAAGGAGGACUGGGAGGCCUUUUCCGACCUCAUCUUUGCGGAGCUCAUCAAGAAGCACGCCAGCAAGCCCGGCUUCGACAAGCACUUUGCCCCGCACCUCAUCAAGAACCUCUGCUCCGCCCUCCGCGACGUCGACAUCCGAAAGACGUCGACCAAGCUCAAGGAGUACGCAGAGGAAAAGGCAAAGGCCGAAAAGGAGGCAAAGAAGACCGGAGGUCAGAAGAAGGCCGCACCCAAGCCAAAGACGGUCGGCACCGCCAGCGCAAAGAACAUCAUCGACACAAAAGCAUACGGUGACGAGGCGCUCGAUGACGACCUCGACUUCAUGUAA